GUAGAGAAUAAAGGCUAGCUAUUACAGCUAUCAUUCAGAAAUGUAUUUUCCUUAGCUGUUGUUAGUAUUGUUAGGUUUCUCGUUUUAAUAAAAUUUUAGGCUUAUUAAUUUAACAUAUGGAUCUACUACAUGGAACCAAUUUUAUUUUGAUGCUUUAUGUUUUGACAAAUACCAAAGAUGGUCCAGUUCAAAACGGUGAUCUCUUCAGUAUUUGUUUAUUCAUUGUUUUUAUAAAAAUAUUUGUUUAUACUGUCAUUUAAAAUACUGGAGGUCUCCUUUUAUAAAAAUAUUUGUUUAUGCCGUCAUUUAAAAUACUGGAGGUCUUCUUUUAGAAAAAUAUUUGUUUAUGCUGUCAUUUAAAAUACUGGAGGUCUCCUUUUAGAAAAAUAUUUGUUUAUGCUGUCAUUUAAAAUACUGGAGGUCUCCUUUUAGAAAAAUAUUUGUUCAUGCUGUCAUUUCAAAUACUGGAGGUUUAAGAUUCGAGUAAGGACAAAUGUCCUUCAUUAAUUAUGUCAUUAGAUCUGCUAACCUCUCACUUACAAAAUAACUUUUAUCUGAUAGACAUUAGAAAUACCUUGUAAGCAGAAGACAUAAUGCAUACAGUUUAAAUAGAAGACAUGUAGUUUAGCCAUUUGUCUGGCAAGGUUCAAGUGAUGGAUGUUUAUAAACUCAUAUUCAAACAGGUGACCUAUGUACGUGAACCAUCUCUUAAGCACAUCUUUGAUUCAUUACUAAUGACUGCUUGCGCCACAUUGGCUUCUAUUUUUUUAGUUAGGGCAGUAGUCAGAAACAUGAAGAAAUAGAUGCACUGAUACAGCAAAAUUUAUUUUGUUUCGGAAGUCUUGAAAUUGAAACAACUGAUAUAGUGACAUUCCCCAUAAAUGGGUCAAGUCAUUAAUGUAGUACAGGGAAAUAUGUGCAUCAAUUCCAGCUUGAGAAUAAAAACAAAAAUACAUAAUAUUAUUAAAAGAAGAUUUCAUGUCAUUUUUAAGAAAUAAGAAAAGAAAAACAUAUGAAUCAACACAAAGGAAAUAGAAAUUACUAUAGUGUGGGAAUCACUGGGAUACAGCAGUCCUAUGAGUGAAUAUGUUAUCUGGCAGAUGCGCCAGAUUAUCAGGUGUUUUUUUUGUCUUGAAAUUAUGACACAUAAGUGAAUAUUUUAAUGCUGUCAUACUUUUAUGUAGUUAUGCUUCUCUGCGACCGAGGCCAAUAUGCAAUACAGUCACCCUCGUUUAUUGUGGUUAAUCAGUUUCAGACUCUACUGUGAUAAGUGAGUUUCCACAAAGUAGGAUUCUUUAUUUAUAAGGCAGAUAUUUUCAAAGUUAGAACACAGAAUUAGAAAACCUGUUCACUACCCUCUACAUACGGUUUUUUAACAUUACCUGUAUCAGAUGAUCAGGGGAUGCUCGAAUGGGGGGGGGGGAGACGAGACUGCAAUAGAGCGAAGCGGGAAAAGGGGAAACACGAUGUGUCGAAGGAGUUUUUUAACAUUACCUGUAUCAGAUGAUCAGGGGAUGCUCGAAUGGGGGGGGGGGGAGACGAGACUGCAAUAGAGCGAAGCGGGAAAAGUGGAAACACGAUGUGUCGAAGGACGACUAUUCCCUAUCGGCACCCCCCACUGCCUCCUUAGUGAAUACGUAACAUUGAGAAGGUCCCAUAAAAUAUCUGUCCAACUUUGGAAGUAACUAAAUGGUGCUUCCAAUUGCACCAUUCCCUGUCCAUUUCCUCAACCUCAUUAUAAAAUAAAACACAUACCUGUUAAAUUGUACUUUGCAUCUCUAUAUUAUAACCAUGUUUCUCUUUUCAAAAUGCUAAUUAUAAUGUGUAAUCUUGUGAACACUUAGUUUAUCAUAGUAAACUUCUUCUAAGCUUCCAUAGAACUGAGCACUACAUUUUUCCUUUGAUGUGGCAGUUUAUAGUUGUUAAAUUGUAAAAAGGCGUAAAAUAAAUCCAUUUCAGUGACAACAAAAAAUCAGUUUUCAAUUGGACAGCAAACCACCAGAGCAGGGGUCGGCAACCUUAUUUAGCCAUUACUCCAUAAUAUUUUUUUGAAGCCAUCAUUACCCCCAGGAUUUGAAAGGAAGAAAAUCUUCAUCCAACAUUUAAAUUCAAAAGAGUUAGAGACUCCAUUUAUCUGGAUAAUGUAAAUAGAAAUGUCAAAGUAUCAAAUAAAUAAAUUAAUACAAAUCCUCAUUGUGGAACUUAAGGAUUUUUUGUUGAAUUUUCUUUACUUCAGACUGGAGAAACGAUAUUAUUGUUUUAUAAAAAUUUUUUUUACAAAAUUGGAGUUUUUGGAUGUCAGAGCAAUUUGUAUGCUGUCUUCAGUGCUCUGUUUUGGAUGUCAGAGCAAUUUGUACGCUGUCUUCAGUGCUCUCUGUUUUGGAUGUCAUAGCAAUUUGUACGCUGUCUUCAGUGCUCUCUGUUUUGGAUGUCAGAGCAAUUUGUACGCUGUCUUCAGUUCUCUCUGUUUUGGAUGUCGGAGCAAUUUGUACGCUGUCUUCAGUGCUCUCUGUUUUGGAUGUCAGAGCAAUUUGUACGCUGUCUUCAGUGCUCUCUGUUAGGCUGUACCAUUCAUCAGAGUGAAAAAUUCAUGUUCACAAAGAUAGGUUGCUGCAAAGACAUAAUCUUUUUUAUUGCCUCCUCGUGUGCAAUUUUAAAAAGCCUCUUUGCAGCUCUUGACAUCCAAAAAUAUUAUUUGCUUUAUUUUCACAUUCAAGAAGUGCCUCUGCCAACCCUUGAGGUUCUCCUGAUACUCAGCAAUAGCAACAGUAAAUGAAUCUACAACCUAACGGACAGUAUGUGACUCAAGAUCUGGAAAUAAUCUGAGACUCUUUUGGUAAGAUGCCUUAUUAUUGUUGACUUGAUGUCAUCUAGAAAAGGCUUCCACCUUGUUUUGUUCAGCUUUCUUUUUCCAAUAAUGUAGAGCUUUUCUGUGGCCAAUAUGAUAUGGAUAUUUUUCCCUUGGAUUUCUUUGUUCAGUGCAGUGCCUGGCAAUGGAUUUUUGGAUAUUCUCUCUUGCCAAACUGAAAAACCCCUACCAUGACCCACCAAAGCUUGGGCUUCUCUAUCAAGAGACUCGGCAAAGUGGUCUUCCUGCUUUAAAUUAACAAUAAAGACAUAUAGAGUCAUCAAUUCUACAAGAUCGCAACCCGAGAGGAGAACAAAACAAUUCCUCUUCAAUCGCAUGUGAACCUCUGCAGCGAACUGACACCAUCAUCUGCGCAUUACGCCUGACAUCUGCUGUCUCAUCAAGAAGCUGAAGAGCAAAACAUUUUCUUUCUUGUUCCCUCACAUUUUCUGCUCAAAUAGAAAUACAACCUUUGUUGACAGGGGCACUGAAUUUAGUUUGGUGGCUUCUUUGUGACCACACAGGAUCACUGACAUUUUCAAAGCAACUGGUUUAACAGAUUCCUCACAAAUAGUAAACUGCUUUUAAUUUCAGGAAUUCAUCCGGGCCACUUCAAAGCUAGCCUUUGAUGCUGAACGCUGAUCGAAUGUGCCUCUCCAGUCGCUGUACGGUCUUUGUCUGUGGUUUCAAUAUUUCUUGGUCUUCUGUAUUUUUGCAAACUCAUCAUUGAGGAUCUCUUCCUGGUAUAUUUAAAAAAUGAACUCGUUAUUAUGUUAUUUUAUUUAGAUCUAUUGAGCCUUCAUUUCCCCCAAUUUUCCUCUUUACCCCAAUUGGAAUAAUUGACCCAGUUUGCUGACCGCUGCACUAGAACUACAUCGUCUGAUGAGACUAUUUUCAUCAAGUUAUUUUAAAAAAAUCUUUUUAGUGAUAGCUGGUUUACAUUUAAACCUCAAAAUUUGAAAAGAAAUUCCAGAUUUCAAUGCAUGUCAUGUAGAUAAUUGUUGUCAAAUAGCUUCUUUACUAUUACAUUAUAGCAUCUUUAUGUUAAUCCGAUAAAAGGAUACAUUAAGUUUUAUUAAGAUCUAUGUUAUAUGUAAGGGCGGGCUGUAAUACUCUAUGUAAAACUUGUGUUGACCAAAAGAUAUGGGGGGGGGGGUUAGCUAUUAAGAAAAUAAUAACAAUAAAGAAUAUUUGGUUACUUCCCGGGACACCAAGUGGGUGCUGGCGGGCCUUAUGUUGUGCAGGCCUGUUAUAGAGAGACAUUUAAGAAAUCACAUAUCUUAGUUGUGACAAAAUUGCAGAUUUAUCAUUAUUUUUUUUGUUUGAAAUUGAUAAUAUUUCAGAUAUUAAUUGUAUAUUAUCAUUAACAGUUUCCUAUUUAGGUUGACUACUGCUAUAAAUGUAUGUGUGGAUUGGAACUUUGAGUGAACAUUUAGGCACCAGAUGAGCAUUUGAUGAAUUACGAAAUUGCAAUGAUUUUUAAAAUGGCUUUCUAUCUUUUUUGAGUACCGGUAUUUGUAGUGUUCAAUAAUACCACUGGACAUGUAUUAUGUUUAAUUUGUAGCAUUCACUAAUGCUAAUGGAACUUGUAUUAUGUUUAAUUUAAAGUGUUCAAUAAUGCUAAUGGAAUGAAUGUGAAUAUUUGUCUUAUAAAUAGAUCAAUGGACCAGUUUUCUUCCUGCUAUACACCUAUCAGGAAUCUGUUUUUAUUAUCGCAAAAUUAUCUUGUCUGUACAACACAGGUUCCCAACCUUUUUUCAAAUCGUGACACCAUAUUGUAGAAGCAAAGUUGUUGAGAACCUUUGAUAUAUAAGAUUUAUUCUUGUGAUAAAUACUUGCGAUUCCCAUGUGAUGAUUUGAGAACUGGCAACAACAACCCACCCCAGGUUUGAAAGCUGUUGUGAAACUUUUCUCGGGGAAUAUUUCAUAGUGUGCAUUUUGAGAUGAUGUAAGGAUUUCUAUGUCACUAUUUCUAAUACACUCAUUUUUGUCAAGAC